UAAAACAUUUGAUCUCAAAUCCAAAAUGCUGGCGCAUAGAGCCAAAUUUAAAGUUUUAGCUUCACUGUCCGAAUAAAUAGAGGGGUGUGCAUAAUUCUAGUGACCCCCUAUCAUGAUGUGAGCAUUGGCCAGCUUUUUAUUGCCGGUUUUCUGUAAUUGUUUUUCAAUCAGUCACUUUGCAGGAUAUUUUUUUUUCUAAAUACUGGAUGUCUUUGUUUAGGUACAGUGAGUCUCUCUGGGGGGAUAGAGGAAGAGGAGGGGGCCACUACCUCAAGAUGAGUCUCUCUGGGGAACAUGACACCGACACCAAAACUAAGAGGUGGGAAGAAAGGUUGAGAGAGACAGUUGUGGACCAUGGUGGAGAGUGCUGUUCGAAAUACAAUCUUAAGAAAUAUGCCUCUGAUCUCACACUGGACCCAAACACAGCAAACAGAGAGCUCUCUCUGUCUGAGGAGAACAGGAAGGUGACAAAGGUGGGAGACAAGCAGCCGUAUGCUGAUCACCCAGAGAGAUUUGACUUCUGCAGACAGGUGCUGUGUAGAGAGGGUCUGACUGGGCGCUGUUACUGGGAGGUAGAGUGGAGUGGGGAAGGGGCUGAUAUAGCAGUGACAUAUAAAGGAAUCAACAGGAUAGGAGAGGGUGAUGACUGUGACCUUGGAUUUAAUAUCAAGUCCUGGAGUGUGCACUGCUCUGAUGACGGUUACAAUGCCUGGCACAAUGCCGAAUGCACUGCCAUACCUGUCCCCUCCUCCUCCCACUCAAACAGAGUAGGAGUGUAUCUGGACUGGCUGGCUGGCACUCUGUCCUUCUACAGCAUCUCCUCUGAUACACUGAUCCACGUGCACACAUUCCACUCCACAUUCACUGAGCCCCUCUACCCAGGGUUUGGGAUUUGGGCGACUGGAGACUCAGCGACCCUGUGUCAGGUAGAAUAGCCUCCUGUGUCCUGGAGGAACACCUGAGUCUUCAGGGAAGUCACACUCCUGUUCAAACACCUGUAAGCAUGACAGAACACACACUUUCAGAAAAAAGGGUGUGGUUAGGGUACAAUAUUGUUGCCUGGGGUACAAAUUCAACAUACACCAUUAUGUACUUACAGUGCAUUCGGAAAGUGUUCAGACCCCUUCACUUUUUCCACA